GUGACGCGCGCGGCCCGGGAGCUGCGGACGCGGAGACCGACGGCGCCCCAGUCGCGGACGCCGCGGGGUCUCCGGGACAGGCCGGGAAGUUUUGUCCACGCCGGGCGGGUAGAGUAUUCACUGGAGAAUCGACCGGAGACCCCAGUGCUGUGUCCAGAUUCUGCAGGGGAGGUUUGCGGGGUCCCUGGCCCCACCCAGCCAGCAGAAUGUCAGCCACGCUGGAUCUGAAGUCAAAGGAGGAGAAGGAUGCCGAGCUGGACAAGAGGAUCGAGGCUCUUCGGCGGAAGAAUGAGGCCCUCAUCCGGCGCUACCAGGAGAUUGAGGAGGACCGUAAGAAGGCUGAACUCGAGGGCGUAGCGGUGACAGCGCCCCGGAAGGGCCGCUCGGUGGAGAAGGAGAAUGUGGCGGUUGAGGUGGAGAAGAACCUGGGUCCCUCCCGGAGGUCUCCUGGGACCCCUCGGCCCGCAGGGCCCAGCAAGGGAGGCCGGACCCCCCACCAGCAGGGAGGCCGGGCAGGCAUGGGCCGGGCAUCCCGCAGCUGGGAGGACGGUGCGGGGGAGCAGCCUCGAGGAGGAGCUGGGGGCCGCGGCCGGAGGGGCCGGGGCAGGGGCUCCCCUCAUCUCUCCGGAGCUGGAGACGCCUCAGUUGCCGACCGAAAAUCCAAGGAGUGGGAGGAGCGACGCAGGCAGAACAUUGAGAAGAUGAACGAAGAGAUGGAGAAGAUCGCAGAGUAUGAACGCAACCAGCGGGAAGGUGUGCUGGAGCCCAACCCCGUGCGCAACUUCCUGGACGACCCCCGGCGGCGCAGCGGGCCCCUGGAGGAGCCGGAGCGGGACCGGCGGGAAGGCAGCCGCCGGCACGGGCGCAACUGGGGGGGCCCCGACUUCGAGCGGGUGCGCUGCGGCCUCGAGCAGGAGCGGCAGGGCCGCCGGGCCGGCCUGGGCAGCGCUGGGGACAUGACGCUCUCCAUGACGGGCCGAGAGCGCUCGGAGUACCUGCGCUGGAAGCAGGAGAGGGAGAAGAUCGACCAGGAGCGGCUGCAGCGACACCGCAAGCCCACCGGCCAGUGGAGGCGGGAGUGGGAUGCCGAGAAGACGGACGGGAUGUUCAAGGAUGGCCCAGCCGCUGCCCUGGACCCCUCCCACCGCUACGAUGACCAGGCCUGGGCCCGGCCCCCCAAGCCCCCCACUUUCCGGGAGUUCCUCUCCCGGCACAAAGCAGAGGUGAGCCGCAGGAGGAAGAGGAGCAGCCGAGCCCCGGCCAAGGCAGCCCCCCGCGCCUACAGUGACCACGACGACCGCUGGGAGACGAAAGAGGCAGCGUCCCCAGCCCCCGAGGCCCCACAGCCCACGCCCCCCGAGGAGACGCCCAUGCAGCCGCCAGAGACCCCAGCCCCUGCCCACCGGCCUCCUGAGGACGAGGGGGAGGAGGACGAGGGGGAGGACGAGGGGGAGGACGAGGAGUGGGAAGACGUGAGUGAUGACGAGGAGGAGAUUGAGGAGGAAGAAGAGGCUGAUGAGCAAGAACCAGCCCGAGACCACCAACCCCAAGAGGCUGAGCCCACCAGGAGCGCCACCAGUGAGCAGGCCAACACAGAGCCCUCCAUACCGGAGGAGCCCCUGCCGCUUCCCCCGGCCCCUGCCACGCCUUCUAGCCCCUUCUCACCCCCUGGAGGCCACCAGCCUGUGUCUGACUGGGGUGAAGAGAUGGAGCUGAAUUCUCCCCGGACCGCCCACCCGGCUGAUGCCCUCUCUCCCGGUGAGGCCUGGCCUUUUGGAAAUGCAUGAAGCUGGCUGCUUGUGGGUGUGCUCGAGGGGUGCACGGGCAGGGGACCCUUGGGGGCUGGGCCCCGGGACCCCGUGUGCCCCACCGCCCUGGUGGCUAGGGAGGACAGUCCUGCCUUCUGUGUACUGUCCAUGCCCGUCUCAGGAACGCCCACCCCCAGAUCCUGCUCCUGCUCUCGGCCACUCAGAGCCCCCUCCCCAAUAAAGAGUUCGCAUCCUCAAA